UUGACGGCGGCGCCCAAAGACACCUAAGAUCUUGCCCUGUGGGCUCAUCUUUAUUGAUUCCAGGCCCAUUUCUAACCAGAACAAAGCAGAUGACGAACAGAGUCCGAGGCAAUGGGAUGGCCAUCUACUCAAGAGCCGGGGGACUCAGAAGAGCAAGGAGGCCCGGCCCUGACGGACGUAUGCGCUACUCAGCUUUCUGAAGAGAUCCUCAGGUCCUGUACUGAUGAGGUACUAAGUUCUGGUUCCCUCAGCUCCUCCGGGGAAGAGCAAUCCUGUUCCCACAACUCUGAGAGCUCACUGGAGAGUGGGAAGCCGACUACAAGUUCAGGAGAACAAGACGAGCUGCCAGAACGUUCAUUCUUACAGAAGGAAGAACAUAGGCUGAGUGAAAAGUGGCUCAGCCACAUCAAGGGCAAAGGAAUUAAUUUGGAAAGAUACCAACCCCACAAUAGACUCCCAACAGAAACUCCUGGGGGAUCCGCCGAAGAACUGAAUGCCCUCCAGUCUUUUUGUUCUCUUAAAGUAAACCUGAUCCACCAGAGAGAAAAUUCAAGAGCAAAGAAAAGCCCCAGGCACAAAAGGCUGCCGCUCAGACGGAUUGCAGAGACUUCAGAGGUAGACGCUUUCAAUUUCACUGUUCCUGAUGAACUACUGAGCAGAAUCUAUUUGAAGAACACGAGGGCGACUCUAGCGCACAUAGGGGCGGUUAAGCAGCAUGUUUCUUCUCAGUGUCCCACUUGCAACAGCAAAAGGGCAGAGCUGGCUCAGUCUGACUUCCUGAGGCGCAGGAAGACUCUGCUGGAGUCGCUUCUGCUCCAAGAGAAAAUAGACGAACACCUUCAUACCACAGACUUUCUCACCCGUAUUGGAGAUGCACAUCGGGGCUUCCCCAGGCCUUCAGAUGAUCCCAAGGUCAUUUGGAAGAAAAUGACUGAGAAAAUUCAGACGGGGAGCCCCAGUUUUGGAAAGGCAGACGCAAAGCAGGUGUAAGAUGGGUGUACAAGUACCCUACUGCUCUUCAGCCUACGUAUCCAACCAGAUGGGAGGCCUAAUGGUGAUAUAGAAUGUGCCCAGUCAGGGGAUGGUGACUAUUAAUGAUUAAUGAUAACAAUGUGAUGUGCGUAUACAUUCCUGUUGCGUAUUUAAGUAAUUACCAUCGUUUGUAGAGGGAAUUUAGAAAUUAAUGUAAGAUUUUCUUUCUCUUCCUUCAUGGUGGUCUAAACAAUUCCAUCCGAUAUAUUUUGUACAUUAUGGAAAAUAAUUGGAGUAGCCAUCAAGCCUUUAUUAUGUAGGAGAAUGAAAGAUCCUGGCAGUUUGGACUGGUGGUUGACAGUACAGAGAGAAAGAAGUAAACUGAUGUAAAAUAGUAAGGAAACAUGAGUGGCUGCUUUUGUUGAUGAAAUGGCUGUGCGGAUUUAAUAAAAGCUAAAUUUUAAAAAGGCACUAGCAUUUUGACUAGGAUACUUCCCUGACUGGUGGGUUUGAUAAUCGAAUGAAUGAUAAUUCCCUUAAGACAGUAGGCUGGUUAGUUUCUGUCAACUUGACAAAAAUUAGAGUCACCUGGGAAGAGGGAACAAUCAAAUCAGUUGAGGAACAGCCUCUAUCACACUGGCCUAUGGGAAUGUGGGUGGGGGGUGGUCAUUUACUACUGGACUAAUAUUAAUUUGGGAGGGUCUAUACCACUGUACCAAUGCUGUCCUUGGUCAGAUAGUCUUGGGCUGUGUAACACAUCAAGCUGACCAAGCUAUGGAACAUCAACUCAGUAAGUCUAUUUUUCCAUUCUUUGUGCUUUAGUGCUUUCCAAAAAUGUUCUUGCCAGUUCUCUGUACCCCUCCAUUGACAAUAACCUGUAAGUUAAAUAAUUUCCUCUUCCAAGCUGGUUUUGCUUAAUAUUCCCCACCCCCGGCAACAAAAACCUAAACAAUGCAGACUUUGGUUCUAGCGAGUGGGACGUUUCUGUGACAGACAUGAUCGUUUUUCUUGGGACUACCGUGGAAGGCUUUGAGAGCUUUGUGUUAGGAAAGGCCUCUGAGUCUUCAGGGCUUAAUGACCUGUUGGGAGAGCUUGUACUAUGGAUGUGGUGAGAGAGGGCCAAUGGUUGGAGGCCGGGCUUAUAAAGCUUUAGAGAGAAGCAGAGACUAUCAGGGAUGCUUAUGUGAUAUUCUGAAUCAAGAGGUCAGCUGACAUAAAUGAGAAUCACUUAGGAAGGGACUCUCAAUUGAGGAAUUGCCUUUAUUACACUGGCCUAGGAUGGGCAUAUCCUCAGACCACUUUCUUGAUUAAUGACCGAUGUGGGAAGGCCCAGGUCACUGUGAGUGGUGCCGUCCUUGCGCAGAUGGUACUGGGUUGUAACAAAGCAAGCUGAGAAACCCACUGCAAACAAGUCAGUAAGCAGCAUUCCUCCAUGGUCUUUGCUUCAGUUCCGGCCUUUAAGUCACUGCCUUGUGUUCUUCCCCUCACAUCCCUAAAUGGUGGAUGUAAGCCGAACAAAUCCUUUUCCCACCCUAUUGUAUUUUUUUGUUGUUGUUUUUUUUUUUUUCUCUUUUUUUUGGCUCUUCGAGACAGAGUUUCUCUGUGGUUUUGGAGCCUGUCCUGGAACUAGCUCUUGUAGACCAGGCUGGUCUCGAACUCACAGAGAUCCGCCUGCCUCUGCCUCCUGAGUGCUGGGAUUAAAGUCGUGUGCCAACACCGCCAGGCUCCUUUUUUUUUUUUUUUUUGUGAGUAAUUUUAUUCCAGCUAACGGAAGUCCAACACUCCAGACAGGAACACUAGAACAUGGCAAAUUUGAAGGAACUGGUUGACUAUAACCCUUUAUAUCUAGGUAGUGUGAAAUGUAUUUGAGACAUACAUAUCGAGAGUGGAAAAUAAAACAGGUUAUUUAUACUACAAUCAACAGGAAAGUUCUAGAUGUUAGAAUUCAAAGGGAUUAGUAGGGAAAUCAUUGGUAUGUGGCUGGAAAUUGAAGCCACAGAUGGGUGAACUUUUCUAGAAGUUAGGAUAUUAAACAGAAGUAGGGUUAUUUCCAGCUUCUGAGAAAAGCCAACCACAAAUGACUGGGGAAAAUAAUCAUGUAAAAGUAAAGCAAUGAAAUAAAGAAUAUGAAUAUACACUGAGUGAAAUGUUUAAUUGCUGGCAGGGAAAAGGGUGAAGCUGAGGGAACACAUAAAGUUGUUAUAAAAAUCCCUUUUUUUUAUUUUUUAUUUUUUUAUUUUAUUAUUAUUUUUUUUUUUUUGGUUUCUCUGUGGCUUUGGAGCCUGGCCUGGAACUAGCUCUGUAGACCAGGCUGGUCUCGAACUCACAGAGAUCCGCCUGCCUCUGCCUCCCAAGUGCUGGGAUUAAAGGCGUGCGCCACCAUCGCCUGGCUAAAAAUCCCUUUUGGUCAUAAUAAUUUUGUGAAUCUUCUGCUUGCACUAAUUUCCAAUCUCAGAAAACUGUCAUUUUUUUUGAAGAUUGCUGUGCUGUGAAUGGGGAAAUUACAUGUAUCUUGAUAAG